GCUCUGAGGUUGGGAUGCCACCAUUGCUUUCCUCACUGCCAAAGCGACGACGGUGGUCUCGCUCUCGCAGCGUGCAGCCUGCCCCCCGGGUGCACUGUAAGGGGAGGGAUGAUGCCCCGCUCCCUGCGGCAGGUCCUGCUGUCCCCCAGCAGGACACGCCAUCCGAGGACAGCAGCACCCCAACCCUCGACCUGCAGCCUCAGCCCCAUAGCCCAGGAGAAGACACACCCCCCGCACCACCCACCCCUGCUGCACAGUGGGAUGAAGGAGCAGAGGAAGGCUCAGCGUCGCCUCUUGGUGCUGCUGGGGACACCACAUCUCUCCCCACCAGCCUCCAGGCCUCCCUGGCCGCCCUGCGGGAAGAUUUUGGCUGCUGGGCCAGGGCACACCUGCAGCACACAGAUGAGCUGCUGGGGGUCACCGCUUGCCUGCUGCAGGCUCACUGCAGGCUGAACAAGCACCUGGUGUCCCUGUCCCGGGGGGUGCACUCCAUGGCCCGCUCUCUCAGUGCCAUCUCCUCCUCUAUGGGGACAAUGCUGCAACCACGGCCUCAGGACCCCAGAUCUGUGCCCGCUCCACAGGACCCCCCAGACUUGAGCUGGCCCUCACUGCCCUCCAACCUGCCGGAUUUGUUCUGCCCCAGCACCUCACAGCAGAAUGAAGCAGAUCGGGGUCCUGCAGCAUCUCCCCCUGCUGCUGAGCCCCCCGCCAGGCCCCCAUCACCAAAGGCCCCCAGCCCAGCGCUGGAGGAGGAGCAUCCCAGCAGGGGCAAGCAAGACUGGAAGCACACUGCUGGCCUCAGGAAGCGGAGGAAGAAGUGAGGGAAAAUGGUGUGCCCUUUGCGGUGCCGCAGUGAUGCUCCAGGAGGAUGCGGGAGAGCAGUGAGGAACGGGUUCCAUCUGUAAACCAGGAUGCCUGGAAUACCCAUGGAAGGUCACUGUAGGGACCAAGCUCCCCACCUCACUUGCUGUGCCAAUAAAAUCCUCCUCGGCUGAA